UGGGUAAACAGCACAAAAACAUGGCAAGGUAACUCAGCAUAUCAUUUUUUUGCAUGUUUAAUACAACCAGCUUAAGCUUAUAUUUUAUCUGAUCUAGAACAGCCAUACUGUCAUGUGUCUGAUGGAGGCCGUGAAACACCCGUUGGAUCUGCAAGAAGGCGGGAGACUGGAUGGCAUGAAACUGGGUUUCCUCAGUAGCGAGGGGAUUUCUUUUUCUGUGAUUCAAUUGCCAAACAUUUUGCAACUGAUAUUUUUUAAUCAAGGAAAAAUUACGGAGCAUGCCCUUAGAGUGCCUUUGUCCCCCCCCUCAUUUUUAAAAUGGAAUACCAAUUGAAGCAAAGGGAACUUGAUGACGAUUUGACAGAAGUAUAUUGGAAGUAUCUUUAUCUACGUUACGCUUAAUUUUCCAGAAAAUUAAAUCCAAUCUCAUACUUUUUAUUACGCACAUUCAGCAAUAAUACCAGCAAUUUUCGCCAUUCCUUUCAGGACACUUUUCUUGUCAACCGCACAAUUUGCGUGUGUGUCCAGGAUAAACGUAUAUAUUGCUGAUAUGAUAAAUGUGUAUAAAUUAUGCACUUGCAGACAGAGUAUGAAACCCUAUAAAAGCGACGGAGGCGAAAGCCCGUCGCCACACACACAAAGCCAACACAAUCCGCCGAGUGAAAGAAGCGAAACGGAGCUUUGAGUCAAAGUGAAAGUGGCCAUAUAAAAUGAUUAAGUUGCAAGUGAAAGUUAUUUCAUGGGUUUUUAUAAUUUUAACAGGAUUUUUAUGCACGCCACAAAUUGAAAGCAUAAAUACCAAUUUCCUUGAGCUGGCAGCCUUCGAGGACUUUCUGCGGUCGCAGCACUUGCAGCAGUCGCUUGUCGUCCGUAUCAAAGGACGAGAUGGCGAUGGCGACGAGGAUGGCGACUGGAAAAUUGAAUGCCACCAGAAAUUGUUGGCCAACUAUCGUGUGCAAUUUUAUCAGCCAGGAAUUUCCCACAAUUUCGACGAUCUCAUGUACUAUGGGGCGCCGCGUACAGCGGUUCUGGUGCUAAAGUUCGAGCACCGUUUUGUCAAGCAGUGGGUCUAUACAGUGGCCUCUAAGGCUGGAUACUUCAACAAUUCACUGGCAUGGUUUAUGCUCGGCACCAGUCGGGCAUCCCAACUAGAUGAGGCACAAAUUAAAGAACAUUUGGAUGGCUACAAGAUGGGAAUUGAUGUGGAUAUCACGGUGGCCUUGAAGGCCAGAGAUAACACCUCGUGGCGGCUUUAUGAUGUCUACAGGAUUGAUCAGCAAGUGUCAAGUGCCCCCCUGAUUGUGGAGAGAAAGGGAGACUGGUCUCCAGCGCAGGGAUACAAGCUGAUGGACACCUUCCGCAGAAGCUGGAUAAUUCGAAGGCGCAACUUUCGCAAUGUCACCCUGCGAGGCAGCACAGCGGUAACGGAGAAACCUUCGGGCUACGAUGACAUGGAGUACCUGGCCAACGAUAAGCAGCUCCUGCAACUGGAUCCCAUGCAGCGAAAAACCUAUCAAUUGUUCAGACUCGUCGAGCGGAUGUACAAUCUCAGCCUGGCCAUAAGCUUCACGGACAACUGGGGCCAGCAGCUGGCCAACGGCAGAUGGUCGGGUGUGAUGGGUCAGAUAACCAACGGGGAGGCCGACUUUGCCGUGUGUCCCAUUCGCUUUGUACCCGAAAGGCAGCUCCAUGUGCAGUAUUCACCCGUUCUCCACACCCAGCCCAUUCACUUUUUGUUCCGCCAUCCGCGGCACAGUCACAUUCGGAACAUAUUCUUUGAGCCACUUAGCUCUCAGGUGUGGUGGUGCGUCCUGGUCCUGAUUACAUUCAGCAUCCUGCUGCUGUUGCUCCUCAUCCGCCAUGAGGCACUACAGAAUGGAAAUCUUGUGGAGACACGUGUGGCCUUUGUGUGGUUCACCAUGCUGGAGACUUAUCUGCAGCAGGGUCCGGCCACCGAGCUCUUCCGACUGAUGUCCACCCGUUUGCUGAUCAGCGCCAGCUGCAUCUUCAGCUUCAUGUUGAUGCAGUUCUAUGGAGCCUUCAUUGUGGGAUCCCUGCUCUCGGACAGCCCCAGAAGCAUUCUCAAUCUGCAGGCGCUGUUCGAGAGCAACCUGGACAUCGGCAUGGAGAACAUCUCGUAUAACUUUGCGGUUUUUGGCAACACCAGUGGACAGCUCGUAAGAGAUGUAUACAGCAAGAAGAUCUGUCGAUCUGGAGAGCACAAUGUUAUCACCUUGGAGCAGGGAGCCAAGCGGAUUAUAAAGGGUCGUUUUGCAUUUCAUGCGGCCAUCGAUCGUCUGUACAGGCUGCUCCUCGAGUUGCGGAUAGAGGAGCACGAGUUCUGCGAACUCCAGGAAAUAAUGUUCAAUCCCCCCUAUGCGGCUGCCUCCGUGAUGGCCAAAGGCUCACCCUGGCGCGAACAUCUAGCCCAUGCCAUUCUCCAUCUGAAGGCCACUGGCCUGAUGCAGUACAACGACCGCUUGUGGUCGGUGCCCAAGCCGGACUGCAGCCUCUUCAAGGCCUCCCAGGUGGAGGUGGAUCUGGAGCACUUUGCCCCGGCUCUCUUCGCCCUAGUGCUGGCCAUGAUAGCCAGUGCAUUGGUGUUUCUGCUGGAGCUGAUGGUCUCCAGGCUGGCUCCCUUCCGUCCAAGUUAAGAUGGGUGUGGGCCGCCAGGCGCGAUGUCCAUUUACGUAAUCAGCUUGCAGAGCGCCCGGCUUGG